AUGGCGGAAGAAGAGAGCUCGAAGAAGCGAAAAGUGGAUAUCAAUUGGGAAGAGAUUGACCGCCAGCUCGACGAGAUGGAUUCUCUACCGGAAGUCGUCCCGGAGAAGAAGGGAAGUCACACUGAUGAUCAAAACCCCCGCCAACAAUGCACCCCGUCGGCGACGAUGGCCUCUGAACACGACGAUCAUUGCAUCUCCUUAAGGAAGGAGUGCGCUGAAAUGACUAAUGGGCAGCUGGAGGAGGCGAUUUUAAGGCAAAGUAGGACUCUGAAGGCACUUGGUGGUACAUUGCCAGACAGAGGGGGGAAAAUCCGGGGUACCAUUAGAAUCAUGGAAGAGGAGCGAGAGAGGAGAAAAUCCGCGAGGGCGACCUUGGGUGUUGGUGACUCUAAGAAAUCCAGACUGCUAGUAAGUACAGGUAUAAACGGUGCUCCAGGUGGCAGUAAAGAGAUGGCAUCUUCCGAAAUUCAUUCACAAUCGCGUUUUGGCUCCCUUUUCAAGAAAAAGAUGGAAGAUAACGCAGAUCAUAAGGUUGCUAAUGCAUUCGAUAGCGAACUAUCCGCUCUGGGUACUCACAGCCGUCCAAAACUGAAACUCAAUGAGGGGUUGUCACUAAAUGGAAGGCAGAAAAAUGGAUCAAGAAAACGGAGUUUUCAAUCUUCUUUUGGUUGGAAGGACAGGGGAAUUUCCUCUGAUUCCUUCUACAGUAAAGGGCAAAGUGCAUCUAAACAUUUUUCUAAUGGGGUUUUAGGUAGAAAAGAGGAAUCUCCGGUCCCACCUUCAUAUGGUCUCAGACAUAGAAAGAGGGAGACUGUGGUUGUUUUGGAUGAUGAUGAUGAUGAAGAAGUUCUGGAGACACUUGAUUGUAUAGAUGAAACACGUGAUGAAUGCAUGAAAGAUGCUAAAAUCUACUACCCAUCAAGGGAUGAUCCAGAGUGUGUUGAAAUUUGUUUCCAGGAUAUAGACUGUCUGGCACCUGAAAGUUUCCUGACAUCACCUAUCAUGAACUUUUACAUACGGUACCUAGAGUUGCAGGCUUCUCCAUCUCAAAAGGCUACUUGUGAUUAUCACAUAUUUAAUACGUUCUUCUACAAGAAGCUUCAACAGGAGUUGUCACGGAAGGAAAGUGAAAAAGACUCCCUUUUUGUCAAGUUUAGAAGAUGGUGGAGGGGUGUGAAUUUAUUUGAGAAGGCAUAUGUACUGAUUCCCAUACAUGAAGAUCUUCACUGGAGCUUGGUGAUCAUCUGUUUCCCAGAGAAGAAGGACAACAGAUCAGGACCAAUCGUGCUUCAUUUGGACUCAUUGAAGCUCCACUAUAGCAGAGUUGUUUUGGAGGAUAUCACUAGCUUCUUGAGAGCAGAAUGGCAAUAUUUACGCGAAGAAGUUGUUGCUCAGUCAGAUGGUGAGAUGUCUGACAGAAUACGGAAGCGUCUUCGCAACAUUAUUUCAAAAAGAAUCGAGGUUCCACAACAAACAAACGAUUAUGAUUGUGGUACCUUUGUACUUUUUUUCAUGGAGCGCUUCAUUGACGAGGCCCCCGAGAGGCUGAAAGAAGUUGAUCUGGACAUGUUCGGCAAGCAGUGGUUCAAACCUGAAGAAGCAUCUGGCUUGAGAAAGAAAAUCAGAGAUCUGCUCAAGACCGAGUUUAUCGAAUCAAGAAAGGACAGCUUUGCUUGCAGAUCAUCGGCUGCCCCUUCCGGAGAAGUGAGAGCAGCAGAAAAUGGUAAUUCAGCUGAAGGAUCUCUAACUUUGUACAGCUCAGAUUCGGGGUAA